AUGUUACAUUGUUUGAGUACAUUUCUGUUUAUUGAAGCUGCUAAAAUUUAUUCCUCUUGGGAAGAGUGUUUUAAAAUUGCUGUGGAUAAAAGACUUUCUGAAGUACAAAAGGAAUUAAAAGACAGUGAAACAUUAAAAAGAAUAGCGACAGAUCUAAGUAAAAGAUUUCAACUGACGCAUCAGAAAAGAGAUUUUAAAGACAUCCCACCAGAGGAACAUAAUCUACUCGGUAAAAAGAUUGUAGUAAAAGCUAUAGAAUUAAAAAAUGAAGAAAUUGAAAUGAUGCAAAAUAAGCUUGAUCAGCUAGAAGAACCAGUAAUUAGUGAUACAAAUUCUGAGAUUCCAAAUUCUCUACUGAUUUGGCAGAAGAUUGUAUCAAUAGCUUUGUGUUCCAGUGAAACUAAAAGCAAUUUCAAACAUUGGAGAUUGAAGGAAUUCCACCUGAAUUGGGAAGAAUUUCUCAAUGUGGCAAUGGAAAAAAGAAUCUCGCCAUCGAAGCAUAAAAUAGAGUCCUCUUUAGACUUAAAUGCCAAAAUAGAAACUUGGAAAGAAAUUUUUUUAAAAGUUGGAUCUUCCAUCGAAAAAGAUUUAAAAGUAUUUGAUAAAAUUGUGGAAAGCUCCUCCAGUUCAUUGGAUUCGAUUUCUGAUUACAUAUCUUGGGAGGACUUUUUUAUUCAUGCCGUCAAAUCUAAAACUGCAGGGAAGGUGUCAUAUGAAUUAAAUGUACCAACACUGAUAGAAAAAACCCUCCUUAACCAGUCCGUACCAUCGUGGAAUGAAAUAUUUUACGUUAUGUCAAAAUACCAUUCUGAAGAUCUAAUUAAACGUUGUUUAGAAUUCACUUCUGAUUUUAAAAUUGCGGAAGAGGAGAAAAUGCUUCUGAUUAAGGAGAUGACAUAUAAUGUAAAUUUCAAUUGGGAUGCUCUUAUUCUUGAUAUCCUUGAACAGCUGUUGAGUUCUGAUUCCGACGAAAUUACUCUGGAAUUAAAGCCGAAACUAUCAUUGUUUGAUGAAGUCAAAAAAGCAAUGGGUAUUGAGAUAGACACUUCAAAGAAAUCUGAUGUUGCAUCAUGGAUAGAUUUGCUGCCAGGUAAAGAAUGGCUUGAAAAGUUACAAAAUGAUGACAACCCUAUUUUAUUUGAAGCUAAGAGCCGAAAUACUUCACAGAAAACGAUUAAGAUUCCUUAUAAUUUCCUAUGGGAAAACAUUUUUCCAAUGUCUGUUUUGAUUUGGAAAAAAGAUUUCGAAGGCUAUCUAAAUUUUAACAGCACUACAGUAAAUGAUGGCGAAUUUGGAUCAAAAUUUGAUAGUUCUAUUCCAGAAAGUUCUGGCAGUGCCUUUUAUGAGGAUAAUAGGUUGGAUGACGACAACAAUUCUUUCAACUUCAAAGAAUUAGAACCUGAGUUCCUUCAAUAUGCCGCAUCUUGGAGAGAAAUUUAUCUAGCAGCUGUAGAAAGGUAUCAAACAAUUUUAUCAAGAUUAAUCGAACUUGACAAGAACAGUAAGCAAUCUGCAGAUGAAAGAGAGUCAGACAAACCAGAAUCGAGACAUCAAAAAGUUUAUUCAGCUAAAAAUGUAUUAAAUAUUGAAAUAACACUUCCGGACUUAUUUCAAGCUGUUUCAAUUUUAAAGAAGGAAAAUGCUGUAUCUUAUAUUGAGCCAGAACUGGUUGCUGUUUCUGAGAUGACUGAGAUAGAACAGGAGCAAAAUGAAAAUUUAGAAGCUGCAGAUGUCAUUCAAAGUUUUUCUGAUAUAAUUUUCAAAGGCUUAGUUCAUAGAAGAAAAGAAAGAAAAUUUGUACAAGAUGAAAUUUUUAAAUUAACAUCUGUCUUAGAAAAGGAUGAGAGUAUAUUGGAUGGCAUGUCUAACCUUACAAGAGCAAAGGAAUAUUUGUCGCGAAUUUCUCGAAGGAGAAAAGCAGAAAAUAAAGUAAUUAAUGAAGAAUUUGAGAAAUUAGGAGAGCUCAAAUCCUUAUUUAGUGGAUAUUUCAACAGCGCGGGUAAGGAACCCAUAGAACAAAUCAAUGUAAAAUGUAUUCAACAUGUAAAUCAGACUUUGGGAAAAUUCAAAUCUGUUGAAACUGAUCAUAAUAGAAAGUUAUUGAAUCAUCGUGAUCAAUGCUCUACGUUCUUACAACAUUGCUUGAAUGAAAGACAGUUGGAAAGGUUUCAACUGAAUUCAAACACGUAUGAGCGUUUGACUUCUCUCUUAAAUAAAGAGGUAAAUACUUAUCUCGUGGAUUCCGGACAGAUUGUUAAAUCUAUUAUAUCCCAUCGGGAGGAAGAAAUACGCAGUAUCCAAAACCAAAUGAAGAACCUGAAGAAGGUAUUGGGCUCUACUGAAGAAUUAGAAAAAAUGGUUUCUGGUGUUUUGAAAUCGGUUGAGAGCUUUCUGUGGAAUGGAUUAUCAAAGAAAUCUACUAUCUGUGAUGACUUGAUAGAAGUUACGAAUAUAGUAUGCUCUGAAAAAGAAGAACUGAUGUCAAAAAUACGUAAAGAAGUUGAUAGCUGUAAGGAGUUUAUUUAUGACAGCAUUAAAAUUAUAAAUGAAAAAAUGACCAAUCUGAAAACAGAAGUUGACAUUCUCAAUUCGAGCAUGGAAAAUAAAAAUAAAAAUACCCUCGAAGUUCUUAUGAAUUGCAAACAACUUCACGAAAAAAUAAUUGAAAGAAUAGAAUCUGAACUUAACACACUGAACUCUUAUCUUGAACGAAACGAAAAGUCGCAGAAUGAAAAACUCUACUCUAUGUGCGAAGAAUUCUUUGUGUCUGCAAUUAGUAUGAGAAGGAGCGAGAUUUCUGAAAUCAAACUUUUAUCUGAUCCGCUACAAGACACUGGAGAAUAUGUUGAUGCCAAA